GUGAAAUGCUAAGAGGGAAAAAAUACAAAAAAUACAAAUUGAACUACUCUAAUAUCUCUUUGUAAAUUAAGUAGAUGUUUCAAUUCCCCUUCUCUUCUACUUUUCUUCUGGCACAAGAGCCCCAAAUAGAACUCAACACAUCCAUCCGUCUCACAAAAGGAAAAAAAAGCGCAUUUCGCAUCAGAUGCCUUGCGUCAAGCCUGCUCAGGCUCAUAAAUCAGCUGUCUUAUUGCCCUGGUCAUUUCAACCAACAUCGGACCCUUUUGUUAACUCAUGAUUUAUAACUGGAAGAUACGUUUUUUUUUUUUUUUUAAUGCCAGAUUUAUAAACUUUACUGUGCUUGGUUUGAUAUAAUAUCCAUUUUGUACACUAAGCUAUAAGACACUAAAUUUAUUGUCUAUGAACUGUUACCUUGAAAAAUUACAUCAAUGCAAAGUGGUUUCCAUUUAGAAUCAAUGGGCAAUAAAUUCAUUGGAUUUGUUUCUGAAGGGGGAGAGGACAUGAUGGUAUUUAUGAGGUCAUGAGCGGCUAUAUAACAGGUGAAACGGGGAGCAGAGGCAACACUCAGGCAGGAGUUGUGAGUUACAGGGGUAGACAAAAACAAAAUAGAGUCAACACAGCAGCAAUGCAGAAACUGGUAUUCUGCUGUCUCAUUAUUAUCAGCUUCUCCUGUCCUCUCUCAUCUGUCCCCAUCAUCAAUGCCAGUGAGAUGUCUUAUCAACUCUCAGCCGACCAAGAUUCGAGAUUGAAUCUGGAGCGCCUGGGAAGCCUAGGAAGCGCUGCCCUGCUUCAGUUUUUGCCAGAGCUCUUGGGCACACUGACUGAAGACAACAAAGCGGGUCUUAGCUACAGCAGCUAUAGCCCGAGAGAAAAUAUCAGAGAGGCUUUCUCUGAAAAUCAUCCUCGAACUGCUUUGCUGGGCCGCUUCUUGACCAAGGACAGGAAACAGUACAAGAAACGUGGGAAUCUUUCUGAGUGCUUCUGGAAAUACUGUGUGUAAACUUUGGCUGCAUAAUUUACAUAGAUGUCCGAAAACAUGUAUAUAGAUUUGCUUGACUUAAGAUGAGAA